CCGGGCCGGGCUGUGCGUCCCUCCCGCCGCGGCUGCCAGCGCCGCCGGCACCAUGGGCUGCUGCUGCCGCCUCCUCUUCGUCGCCUUCCUCCUCCUCCUCCCGGCAGGGCUGGGUGAUGACUCCCCAGAAUCAUCCCUCAUCCCCAUCCACCCCCCCUUCCUCUGGGGGGGUGUCCCAGUGAAACCAGACUCCAGGGAUGCAGAUGUCCCCACACCAGCUCCUGGCCAGCCCUCCCUGCCCCUGUCCACGGGACCUUCUGGAGAUGGGACAUCCUCCAGGCCCCUGGAGGGGGAUGGCCACAAUGCCACCACGCCUGUGGCAGCACUGUCCCCUGCUCCUGCCUCCGUGGCCGCCACAGAUGGUCCCUCUGAGGCCCCCAGCCCCACCUCGGUGCCACCCACCUCGGAGACAGCCCCGGCUCUCCGGACAGCAGACACUGCCACGAUGGAUUUGGGGGCAGCUUCCAGCCCCACAGACACAGCUGCACCAUCAGCUCCCUCCUCCCUCCCCGCCGGUGACCCCUCCUCGCCUCCCGGGAUGGCCUUGUCCCCAACGCCCGUCCUGGCGAGCCCUGGCGCCACCCAGCCACCGCUGCUGACCAAGGAUGUCCCUUCCCUGGGGACAGUGGCCAUGGCAUCGAGCCUGGCCAUGGAGCCAACAUCCCCCCCAGUGACUGUGGUGAGCCCCACGGAAGCCGAGGCCUCUGAGAAAACCACCGGGGUCACCGUGGAGGAGGUGCCGCGUGCCCUGAGCGCAGGGAGCAUCGUGGCCAUAACCGUGACGGUCAUCGUGGUGGUGGUGCUGGUGUUCGGGGCAGCCGCGUACCUCAAGAUCAGGCACUCCUCCUAUGGAAGGCUUUUGGAUGACCAUGACUACGGCUCCUGGGGCAACUACAACAACCCUCUCUAUGAUGAUUCCUAGCAGGGAUGAAGAAAGAAACCCCAUAAACCCUUAAUUUAUAAGCGCUUCUGCAGCAGAGCAUCCGCUGUCGAGGAGAUGCCGGGCACGGAGCCCCUGCCUCAGGCAGGAUUUCCAGGGGUCUGGUGGAUGACAGGAGCUGGAGAGUGGGUGUGCAGUGCUGACAAUAAACCUGAAUUUUGGCCUUUGAGCAGGAAACCAGGUUCUGGGGCAGGUCAGCCACUUGUUGGAGACAAGGGAACCCAAAUUCCCCAGGGGGAAGGGCUGGGGAGGUCAAGGGAGAGGACGGAGGUUCAGCCAGUGCUGUGGCAUCCUUUGAAAUGCUGCUGCUCUGUGAUUUGGGGGUGGGGUGGGGAGUGAGGGGCUGCUGAGCCAGAGCCAGCAGUGUGCAGGGGUCUCCUGUGCUUUCACGUGUCCCUUUCCCUAAAAUCGCUUCCCUGUGUGUUGCCCUUUGUGAAAUCCUUUGCCUCGUCUCACCAGGAACCACAAACAGUUAUGGGGCUGCUCAGUCUCUGCUCCCUUUCUUUUUCUGCAGGUGCUUCCACACGCAGAAGUUCCUAAUUUAAUUUUUUUUUCCCAUUUAACUGUGGGGGUUUUGGUCCCAAAGCAGCCCAGGAGCCCAGGGGAAGAUGCACUGACCACCCAUUUCACACACGUGGCUGCUUGCUCCACAGCUUUGUUUCCGUUCCUUAAAAAAACUUGGCUGCUAAAAUACAGCGGAGUGUUCUUUUAA